AUGGUUCUCCAGAUUAUACAAACAAUAGGAGCCGUCUCACUCGUCUAUUGCGUGGGCGAGGGGCUUCGGAGACUCUACGCUCACCCUUUAUCGCAUAUACCGGGCCCUAAACUUGCAGCUCUCACCUGGUGGUACGAGUUUUAUUUUGAUGUGAUUCAACCAGGUCGAUAUAUUUUCAAAAUCCAAGAGCUUCACCAAGAAUAUGGCCCUAUUCUUCGAAUAACCCCGGAUGAAGUCCAUAUCAACGAUGUUGGCUUCGUAGACACAGUUUAUGCGCCCUCUGGGGCUCGCAGGGAUAAAUAUGAUUACCAGCUGCGAGCCCUGAACAUGCCCGGUGGAGUUGGCACCACAGCAAGCCACGAGAUUCAUCGAAAGCGCCGGGAGGCACUUGCACCUUUUUUCAGUCGCCGCAAUGUCGUCCAUCUUGAGCCACUGAUCCGUGAGAAAGUUGAGCAGUUGUGUCAGUUAGUUGCCGGACAUGCGGAGGAAAAGACACCUGUGAACCUGUCGGAUUUGUUUUGGGGGUUUUCAAAUGACGUUACCAACAAUUUCUUGUUUGCUCACCAGAGCAAUAUCCUUGCAGACGAAGCAAAGGCUGCGACGUCGAGACAGAAUAGUAACCAGCUUCUGUUGGGUAUUCACGUCAAUAAGCACUUCCCAUGGCUACCUAGGUUUAUGGAAAGUCUUCCAUUAGUCAUUAGCAAGCCCCUGAUGCCACCCGGGUUGCUGGAUAUGCUAGAACUGUUUAACAGAGUUCGCAAUGAGCUUGUUGGGCUCAUGCAAUCAAAACAAGAUUCUCCCUCCACCGACCAGGGCUCGCUGGGCCCAACUGGCAAAACAUCUGUGUACGACUCUGUUCUAGACAGCAAGGUGUUACCACCAGAGGAAAAGUCCCUUCGACGGCUCCAAGAAGAAGGCGCACUUCUUGUCCUCGCUGGAACAGACUCUCCUGCAAAAUCCCUCUCGGUCAUUUUCUACCAUCUACUCGCAAACCCGGAAAUUAUGAAAAGACUGCGAACUGAACUUGAGAAUCUGGACACUCCGAAUCCUGCAUGGACAGAGCUGGAGAAGCUUCCCUAUCUCUCGGCCGUUAUCGAAGAAGGAAACAGACUCUCUUUUGGUGUUACCGCACGAAUGGCGCGGAUUUCUUCUCAGUAUGAAAUAUACGUGCCUUCUCCGUAUGCGAACCCCAUGCCGCCAAUAUCCUUGACGGUGGAACAAAGAAAUCACUGGGCCCUGCCUGCUGGAACACCAAUGAGUAUAUCGACUUUAUCUGCACAUACUAAUCCGACCAUUUUCCCGAACCCAUUUGCUUUCAACCCAGAUCGCUGGCUUGAGGAUAAAUCCCUUAAAAACUACCAAAUGGCAUUCAGCAGAGGAGGUCGCAAAUGUUUGGGAAUUGAGCUUGCCAAUGCGGAGUUGUAUCUAGUAGUCGCGGCAUUGGUGACAAAGUUUGACAAACUGGAGUUGCAUGAAACUGAUGAGAAUGCUGUCUCCUUUGUGGGAGACUUUCAGGUUGCUAUGCCAAAGGAUCCGCGAGGAGUGAGGGCAUUGGUUGGUUGA